AUGGCUCAUUUUCACCCUUCACGUGGUUGUGCGAAGAGCCCUCAGAGGAAUUCGGUUGACUGGCAUGAGCAGCACGUGACCAAGCCAGCACAACCGAUACAGUGGGGUCAGUACAUCUAUCGAGGGUGUUGUUUCUUCCGAAUACCAUUCGACGGACCUCAACCAAAGCUUUUGGCUCAAAAGCCUAACCGCAAGGCAGCGGUGUUUGGCGGGGAAAUGCAAAUGCAUUACCUCUUCUACGGACUAAGUCGCCAUACAUGUUCAAACCCCCAACCUGGAGGGCCAGGAGACUGUGUUCGACAGACCUCUAACCAUUGA